AAAUUCCAACCAGCCUUUACUGGGUUUCACUUGGUCGCAGGUGUUUAAGAACUAAGAGUCACUUUCUUCAGCGGAGAGUAAGAGUUCAGUUUGCUGCACAUACAGGACUGAUCCCUGUACUGCUGAGCUCCAUCCGGGAAGACAAUAUGGUUUUGCAACUUGUUGGUCUGGUGUUGGGAGGCCUUGGCUUGAUAGGAACUUGUGCUGUCACCGGCAUGCCCCAAUGGAGAGUGACUGCCUUCAUCGAUAACAACAUUGUGGUGUUUGAGGCACAGUGGGAAGGAUUGUGGAUGAACUGCAUCAGGCAAGCCAACAUCAGGAUGCAAUGCAAGGUAUAUGAUUCACUGUUGGCACUGACACCUGACUUGCAGGCUGGCAGAGCACUGAUGUGUGUGGCUAUAUGCUUGACAUUCCUUGCUUUCAUUAUCGCCGUCAUUGGCAUGAAAUGCACCGUAUGUGCUGGAGAUAAUACAAGAACAAAAGGGAUUAUACUUCUGGUAGCUGGCAUAACAUUCAUCAUUUCUGGGAUUGUGGUUCUGAUUCCAGUAUCCUGGACUGGUAAUCGGAUAAUCAGGGACUUCUACAAUCCUCUUGUUCUUUCAUCGCAGAAGAGAGAACUGGGUGAUGCGCUGUACAUUGGGUGGACCACAGCAUUGCUUCUAAUUAUUGGAGGGCUAAUCCUUUGCUGUUCCUUCCGCAGCGGUGAAAAAGAAGUCAAAUACAGCCUGCCUCCUAAAUCAGUAACCAGUGCUCCACCGCCUAAAUCAGCCAUCAGUGUUCCAAUACGGAAGCCAUCAAGCCUCUACUCCAAAAGCCAAUAUGUGUAGAAAGGGCUACUUGGCACAGAUAUCAGUGGCCACCUGCAAAGAGAUCCACUGCAAGUAAAUAUUGCAAAGGACUGACAUGGUUCUUGUAGUGACCUCUGCUUGUGUGGACAUUUUGGUUAAGGGCAUUCCUACUCUUUUGCCAUUUGUCUUAUGAUUUACUGUCCUGUUCCUGUUUUCCACCUCCUGCCUAAGCUGAGAGCAAGUAAGGAGCAGGCCAGUCUUACCUGCCUUGUUAUAAUAAAUGUACCAGAAGUACAACUGCUUCACCUGAACUAACACAGCAGAAUCAUUUAACCCACUGCUAUCCAAGCAGUUUAUUUCGGUUCUGACAACUGAAGCCCUUUGACUGCAGAAUGGGAGAGUAAAAUAUGGAGCCUUUCAAAGACUGUGAACAUUGGCCACUGUAGAGUGACUUUAUUGUGUCCUAUUAAGGGACUGAAAUAAUACAGGACUUAAGUUUGUGCGAGAUUUAGGGAUUGUACUUGUGGUUUGGUGGAGCAGAUGCCAAGAAUCAUUAGCUUAUGAACAUUUGUAACUAACAGAAUUUAGAAGGAUUUUAUUGGGUUAUAUUGACGUGCAAGUGACAAUGGUGUCGGAGGAAGAUUGACUGUAGAAGAAAAAGUGGCUUCACUGACAUUACUGGGGCACCAUGGGCCCCCGUGCAAGAACUGCAUCCGAGCACCCCCAGUUUCCCCCCCUCACACCGGGAAAUGUGCCAGAUGUCCACUCUGUUAGAUUUUCUUGUAGUGUACACAUCACCUUUGACGGCUUCUACUGGGGGAGUGGGCCAGGGUGCAACUGCACCCACUGCCCCCUGAAUAGUUACACCACUGAGCGGCUUUAACUCAACUCUUGAUCUUCAGUACAAUUGUAAGCUCUGAGGGUAACCUACAAAAUCAAGCCAUCACAUGGGAAUGGCCAAUGAAUAUCUGCGGCAGGGCAGGGCUUAAGCAGGCUCUAUGUAUAAAUGUACAUGCUUAUAUAACUCAUUAUGUCAUUCAAUAAUAAAUACUUCAAGGCACCCAUUACUGCAGCUGCCAAUGUUCUCUGUUAAUAGAGUUUAUACUUUUACUAUUCUUCCUGAAACACAGUGUAUACAGCAUAAACAGUCAUACUAUUUCUGAUCUUAGGUGUGUCAGAGCUACCAUAUUUUUGGUCUCAGCUGAGACAUUAUCCAUCAACAGAUAUAAGGACAGCAGCAAAUACAGCUUACGGAGGAGGGUAUUGUUUUAAAAAAAAUAGAGCAGUCCUUUAAAAUAAGAAUCCAAGUCCGGCUUGGGACUCCUCCAGUUACAUGGGAGUAGGAGAAACAAUAGGUUACCUGAAAGCAGUUCUAAUGACAGUAUCCCUUUAAAGGUAACUGUUUUACAUUUUAAAUGUUGUCCAGAUUGACAUGUUUUCUUUACAAAUGCUUUAUAUUGAUUAAUUAAAAGGAAACUAUCCAAGACGUAUCACCACAUUCCUACUGAAUGGAGCCCUUGCGUGUUCAUGUAUACAAUACUGUUUUGAAAUAUCUAGACAUCCAGUUAAGAUAAAUACAGUCAGUCUUACAAUCAUGUUAUGUUUUUUGGAAGGGGGGGAAAUUUCCUAUAUUUCUAUGUAAAUGUAAUGUUUUUUUUUUUAUGGUAACCAUCACUGUGGCAGGGACUGAUGUGAAAGAGAAUGGGAAAGAAAUUAUCUCUGUUAAGUUGUCUGUAAAUGUGUUGGAACUGUAUAAAUAAAGAAUAAUAAAUAAUUACAACCUUAGUGAUCUUA